UGUAACAUGACGAGGCAAGCUGCAUGUGGUGACAGCUGUAUUCCUGUGGCCUGGCUCUGCAAUGGAGAGCGAGAGUGCCCCGAUGGGACCGAUGAGCAGUGUGAGGAAAUAUGCCGUGGACAUCCCGGAGCCUGGCAGUGUGAUGAUGGGAAGUGCAUAUCUCUCAGCUGGCUUUGUGACGGUGUUGGGGACUGCUUAGAUGGCUCUGAUGAGGUUGACUGUGAGAGAUUGACAGCAUGUCCAGACCAAAAAGUCCGGUGUCCAGGGAGCUCUGAGUGCCGUGAUGCUUGGGAACUCUGUGAUCGCCCCGAGGACUGUGCAGUCGGGUCUGACCAAGCACACUGCCCCCGGGACCGUUGCCUGGCCGGGCAGUGGCAGUGCAAGAACAAGGUGUGUGUCAUGGAGACCCAAACGUGUGAUGGCAUCAACGACUGUGGUGACUCUUCGGAUGAGGACAUCUGCGCUUCCUGCCCAGAAGGCAUGGUUGGCUGUGAUAAAGGGAAAUGCAUCCUGGAAUCCCUGGUGUGUGAUGGGGAAGCAGACUGUGCUGACGGAACUGAUGAGCCCACUACAUGUGGUAAAAGCUGCUCCCUGGCCAACGGGGGCUGCGAGGGGCAGUGCAGCGAUGCCAGCUGGGGUGCCCGCUGUUCCUGUGGAACCGGAUGGCAACUGCAGCCGGAUGGUCAGAGCUGUGGAGAUAUAGAUGAGUGCUCUAUGGCAUACACUCCUUGUGACCAGCUGUGUCAUAAUACACCAGGCUCUUACUCCUGUGGGUGCACUCAAGGUUACCAGCUCUACAAUGGCACCCGCUGUCAGGUUAUAGAUGGUGCUGUGAGAAUUCUCAUAGCAGCAGAUCGAGAGCUUGGUGUCCUGGAUCAAAGAACAGGCAUCUAUGAGACUCUGAUACCUAUAAAAUCAAGACCUACUUCUGUUGCAUAUGAUCUUGAGAGAAACAUGUACUUUUGGGUAGAUGAAUUCUUAAAUAUGUUUGUCCUUGGAAAACCAAAGUCUGUCUCUCUCUAUCCAGAACUCAAAACAGUGAACAGUGUCUCUUUGGACUGGUUCACGGGACAGUUAUAUUGGGCUAGCAGCUUUGCAAGGGUCAUCUGUGCUGGUUUAAGUGAUGGCAGAGGCUACGUCAGAAUCCUGGAAAAGGAUCUUGUGCCAGAGCAGCUAAUCGUGUUUCCUGUAAAGAAGUACCUGUACUGGGUAAAUCGAGGUCAGAAAGGCAUGAGGACUAUUGACACUGCAGGGAUGGAUGGCUCUGAUAGGAAGGUGCUUGCGGUUGUAAACAUGGAGGACCCUGUAGGACUGACACUUGACCAUGUGACUGGCAGGCUUUACUGGAUCAGUGCAUAUAAAGAGUCCAUAGAGAUGGUGAACGUGGAUGGCAGUGGCAGGCACACCUUUCCUCAGAUCUUCUUGGAAGAUGAAGAACCAGUAGGACUAGCUGUAUUUGAGAACUCUUUCAUCUGGACAAAUAAAAUACAGCUGUUUCAUACUUCACCCCACACCCCAAAGGAGAGAGUGGUGCUGCUAAAUGCUUCCAUAUCUGCUCUCACAGUCCUCCACAAAUCCCAACAGCCUAAGAGCAGAUACCGGGCAUGUGCUCCAGGUUCUUGCAGCCACUUGUGUCUCCUGUCCCCCGUCCAUCCCAAGGGGUAUAAGUGUGUUUGUCCAGAGGGAAUGUCUCUUUUACCUUCUGGUUCUUGUAGUGACUUAAAACUAGUGUUUUCUUCUGGCAAACGGCUCUACUUGUUGAAAGUUGGUUUUAUGGGAACUGCGAUAGAGAGAACCCUAGUUCAAGAGCAUCCUAGGAACAUCUAUCUACUGGAUAUUGACUGGAAAAGAAAUCUCAUCUACUGGACAAGUGCCCAGGGACAUCUGUUCUGCUCAACUGGCUAUUCAGGAAAAAAGCAAGAGAUUUGGACAGAGCAUGCAGUCUGCUCAGCAAAUGUGGACAUAUCAACUGGGAACUUGUUCUGGCUGCCCUGUGAUAGAAGUAUUAUUCAGAAGACUAGAAUUACUGGCCCUCACACACAGACUCUCUACAGAACGAGCAGCAUUAUACUUCAUCUUCUUCUCGAUUGGCCAAGGAGGGUCCUCUACUGGGUAGAAAGUGGAAAACACUUGCAAAGUAUGACCCUUGAUGGCAAAAGCAGACAGGAAGUCUGGAGAGGCACCUGGAUGGCGGACACUCAAAUGACCUUAGACCUCGGCUCAUCCAGCAUCCUCUGGACCACCAAAGAACAAGGGUUGCAAAGUCUAAGUCUCCUAAAAAAUAGAACAUAUACUUUGAACAAGACCUGGAGCGACAGCAUUAUUGCUGCCCAUGAGCCCUACCUGGUGACGAUGGAUGGAGCAGCGCUUGUGCUCUGGAACAGGAAGACGCUGGAGCCCUUCUCCAUGUCCAAAGAGCCACACGUAAAGAAAAUAAUCAUCCUGGCAGAGAACCAGGAGGUUCCAGAUCCCGGGGUUGAAGGAGCAGCCACAAUCACCCCCUCUACUCUUCCUCCACCACGCCCUCUACUUUGCACCCGAUCCUCUGUUCCCUGUCGGAACGGGAAGGAAUGCAUUUCUCGGGAGUACCUCUGCGAUGGUGAGCGUGACUGUCAGGAUGGCUCAGAUGAAGAGAACUGCUCCCAUUUGUGCAACAGACCAGGGAUCUUCCAGUGUCUGGAUGGAAGCAAGUGCCUUGAGGAGAAGUACCACUGCGACGGGGCUCAGCAGUGCUCAGAUGGGUCUGACGAGCUGGACUGCUGGAAGCCCACUGAAGACUGCUCUGUACGUUGUGACAACAAGACCCGCUGUGUCCCUAAGAGCUGGCUGUGUGAUGGCAAUGCAGACUGUUCUGACAAAGAAGAUGAACAAGGCUGUAUUCAUGAAAAAUGCAGCAUAUCUGAAUUUAGAUGCAAGAAUGGCCAAUGCAUAUCUUACUCUCUGCACUGUGAUGGGAACCGAGACUGCCUGGACCGCUCGGAUGAAGAGGGCUGUCCUGUUGCCUGGCCCCAGCAGUGCCCCUCGGGGGAGGUGAAGUGCCCAAGGAGUGGAGAAUGUGUGCUGACAGAGUGGAUAUGUGACCACGACUUAGACUGCAAAGAUGGAAGCGAUGAGAAGAACUGUCACCCCGAGGAGCUGCGGUGCGGCUCCAGGCAGUGGUCCUGUGCCAGUGCAGACCAGUGCGUGCCGGACUCCUGGCGCUGCGACGGGCAGCGUGACUGCAGGGAUGGCAGUGACGAGGCUGCGUGCGCCCCCGAGAAGUGCGGGAGUUCUGAGUUCCAGUGCCGCUCCUCUGCCUGCCUCCACCUCAGCCUGCUGUGUGACAGGAAGGAGGACUGUGCCGACGGCUCAGACGAAGGUGGACAGUGCUCGGCGUCAGCAUGCGGCCAAGCACAGUGCUCCCACACCUGCUACCCGUCCCCCCGAGGCCCUAUAUGUGCUUGUGAGCAAGGCUUCGAGCUGAAGAGCAGCGGCGGAAGCUGUGAGGAUGUGGAUGAGUGCCGGAGGUCGGGUGGUCGGCCUUGCAGUCAGACCUGUAUCAAUACCGAGGGCUCCUACCGCUGUACCUGUCAUCCUGGCUACUUGCUGGAGCCAGAUGGCCACACCUGUAAAGCAACAGGUACUGAACCGAUCCUGCUGGUGGCCAUUCAGUUUAACCUGCUUCUCUAUGGACUAAGGAGCUUGAAAGAAGAUAUUCUGGCAGCUACAGACAAGAACCUGGUUAUUUUCUCUAUUGACUAUGACUUACUGGAUCAGAAAGUCUUCUGGACAGAGCUCGGUGCAGAAAGUAUUAAGUGGAUAAGCAUGGACGCAAAGAAGAAAGGGACUGUAGUAAAAGGAAUAAAGUCAGACUGUAUGGUGGUCGAUUGGAUUGGGAGGAAUCUCUACUGGACAGAUGGCACAGCUGGCCAGAUUUUGGCAAUUCAGUUGACUGCUGUGUGGCGAGGAAAACCUGAAUACACAAUUGUCCUGGGUGAUAACUUAAAUCAGCCACGGUCUUUGGCUUUAGAUCCCUUAAAUGGGUUAAUGUACUGGUCUGAAACUGGAGGAGAACCUCACAUAGAACAAGCUGGAAUGGAUGGUAGCAGGAGAAAAGUACUCAUCAAUAAAGGUCUUGGCUGGCCAACCAGCAUAGUUCUUGACCACUUGAGUUGGAAGAUAUUCUGGUCCGAUGACAAAUUUCACUGUAUUGGCUCUGCCAAUCUAGAUGGCACUGGAAUUAGUAUGUUGCAGUUAACACAGAUCAAGAGCCCCUUUUCAGUCGCUGUAUUGGAGGAUGAAGUCUUCUGGUCUGAAACAAAGACAAGAACAGUGCAGCGUAUGAAGAAGAUGACAGGCAAGAGCAGGGCUGUCCUCAUCAAGCGUAUUGAACAGCCUUAUGGACUCAAGAUAAUGCACGAAGUCCUACAGCCCAGGUCUUCUAAUCCUUGCCUGGACACUGGAUGUUCUCACUUGUGCCUUCUGAGCCCACGAUCCAAGGGAAGCUGUCAUUGCCCGGUCGGACUCCUGCUUGCAGAUGAUGGCAUCAACUGUGUCCCUGUCAAGGAGUCUGCCUUUCUGUUCCUUGUGUUGCCCACGGUUAUCAUACAGAUUUAUCUGAAAAACAUAGAAACUUUAUUAGGACAAGCAACUUUACCAGAACACAGGGUACUUCCCUUUACCAAUCUGAACCAGCUGGCAUCAGUGGACUACCUUGUCCAGGAAAAGACACUCUACCUUUCAGAGUUGGGUAAUGGUGAUAUCAGACUACUGAGGCUCAAAGAAUCUGGAAAGCUUUCUUGGAGGAAAAUCUUAUCUGUGAAGGGGACAGUAAUCGACCUUGCUGUGGACUGGUUGAGUGGAAACAUAUAUUGGAUUGACAGUGAAAACCCGCAUAUCAAUGUAGCUUCAUCCAAAGGCCAGUAUUCCACUGUCUUGUUCAGCAACAAUCUGUCCCAUCCAACCUGUGUUGCACUCCAUCCACCCACUGCAAUCAUGUGUUUUGUGGAUCUGGGUUCCCAGGAUGGUGGUGGGCGUGGUUCCAGCAUCAACUGUGCCUCCAUGGAUGGCAUCAGAAGGAAGGUGCUGUGGCAGAAAUCCCAGGUCCCAGUGGGCUUGACCUUUUCAGAUUCAGGGACCCGAGUCUACUGGGCUGAUACUGGGAGAGGACUCAUAGAAAGCAUUCAACAAGAUGGCUCUAGAUACAGAGUAGACCGCAAAGGAAUUCAGGGCCUUAACCUCUUUACAUAUGGCCAAAGCAUGAUGUUCUGGACCACAAUUGAUGAUGCCCAAAUCACUAAAGUUUGGUACAGCAAGGCAGAACUUUCAGAAAACCGGUGGUUCCAAGUAGACCUGAAGAUUGUGGAUUUAAAAGUUUACAGUAAACUUUCUCAACAGGGUAGUAACAGCUGCUCAAAAGACAAUGGAGGAUGUAGCCACAUUUGUUUACCAAACCCUGAAGGACAGACUUGUAAAUGUUCCAGUGGCUACUACUUGGCUGACACAAACAGAUGUAUUGAAGCUGUCCGAUGCUCUGCACCAUUACAAGCCUGUAAGGAUGGUCAGAAAUGCAUUUCCAUGGAGCAAGUGUGUGAUGGUCAUGCUGACUGUCUGGAUGCAUCUGAUGAAAUGGGCUGUGCCUAUCCAGAUAAAACCCAUUCAACACUAACACUUGGAAAGCUAGAGGCUGGAAAAAGGGUGACUCCUAAAGCUGCCCAACCUCUCCAGGCUGCCAAGCCCCCCAACGCUAGAUAUCUGGGUCCGGAAGGGAUGAAUUAUCCUGUCAGAAAAACACUGAUCCCCUCGAUUCCUGAUAGAGAAAGCAAGAUCUCAGAAACCAACGAAAGAGGGAAGCUUGUUCAGCCCAAGGACUCACAGGGGGCAAAACAUCUGCCCUGUAGCAGCGAUUUCUGUAAUGGGAGGGGAAUCUGCACCGUGGAAGGAGCGCUGAGAAGAUGCAGCUGUCCCAUGGAACACGGUGGAGACUUCUGUGAAGGGGCAGCGCGUGGACCUGGCCCCGGCUACAUCGCCCUCAGCUUCACCAUCACCUUGCCAGUUGUUCUGGUAGCUCUGGGAGCAUUUGUGUAUUUCAGAAAAGAACGUGAGCGAAAACGAAAUAGUACAGCCUCAUCAAGAAAUUUGAACAGCCGUAAAGAACAUGACCAAGAAGAAGAGAAUCUAAUGAGCAGUGAGACUUUUGUCAAUGAGGUCUAUGAUGAACAGGUAUGCCUGGAAGUGUCUUUGAGGAAAACAGAUUCUUGAGAGAGAGCUACAGAAUGACCCUUCUGAAAGAUCCUAGGCGGGUGAAGGGAGGCAGUGUUAACUAGCGAAUGAGGCGAUUAUGUAUAUCAAAUGAAUGGUCAGUAAUUUGUUUUUGUCUUUAGAAGCUGUUCCAUCUUUAGUUAUUCAAACCGAGUGAAACAUGCAUGAAGUAGUAAUCAAGAAAUUCAGCUUUUGCCCCAAACAGUUUUGCUCAAUGGUUAGAGUGUGGGCCAGUGGCCCGAAGGAUCACAAGUUUGAUUCCCAGUCAAGGGCACCUACCUCAGUUGCAAGCUUGAUCCCUGGGC